GCACUCAUGAAGUGAAUUUCCGAAUGCCCUUCUCAUCCUCAGAACGAACAGAAUAAAGGAAUGGUACUUGUAGAUACAACCCAACUUCACGUCUCCGCUGCGAGUGUGCUACCCUUUUGUGUGUCGACUCUGGCAUGUGCGCGUGGGACACGAGUGGUGGGCUGUCGAGCCAGCCCGGGGCGUGAUGACGUUGACAGGACUGAGGUAUGUAGGAACGUCGAGAGCCCUGGGUGGUAUCCUUCAGCAGUUCAACUUUAUUCUCUGCUUCCGGCAAGCCAGCCUGGAAUACCGCUGGCCGAAAUUUCUGAGAAAAAUACAAUGUCACACUGUCACGUCUAUACUUGCCGUAGGGUCCUGCCGUCAUUGUCUGCAUUGCCGUUCACGAUGUCGACGACUAUCAACCUCUAUCCGUUGUCUAACUUCACUUUCAGCACUAAGGAGACACAGCCGGAGGAGGAUCCGUCUGUCUCCGCGCGUCUGCAGCGAUUACAGAACAACUAUGAGGACUUUGGUAUGCGCAGGACCGUCGAAGGCAUCCUUGUCGUCCACGAUCACGGCCACCCGCAUAUACUCAUGCUUCAGAUCGCCAAUGCGUUCUUCAAACUACCAGGAGACUACCUCAAGCCCGGCGAGGAUGAAAUCGACGGACUCAAGCGGCGCCUGGACGACCGCCUCGCACCACCAACUGAUUCUCUGCAGUUCAACGCGUCCCAUGGGAUCGACAACGAAUGGGAGAUAGGUGACUGUCUCGCACAGUGGUGGAGACCCAAUUUCGAAACAUUCAUGUAUCCAUUCAUUCCUGCACACAUAACGAAGCCUAAGGAGUGUAAAAAACUAUUUCUUGUUCAGAUGCCUGAGCGCAAGGUGUUAGCUGUCCCAAAGAACAUGAAACUUCUCGCCAUCCCACUUUUUGAGCUAUACGACAAUGCAGCUAGGUACGGUCCCCAGCUUAGCGCUAUCCCACAUCUGCUAUCGCGCUACAAUUUCAUCUACCAAUGAGUGUAUGCGCACCGUCCUUCGUUGCUUUGCCGCCGUAGCCCUAUCUGUAAAAGCUACUUUUGUGUUGCUCUCCUGGUCUGUAGAAGUUUUGUAAUCUGGAAAUUAUCAGGUACCAUGUUGCGCUAAUAUAACCCUAUGCUUAGCCUUUGCG